UUUUUAUAUUCACGAUGCACACCACGCAAAAGGACACCACCUACACCAAGAUCUUCGUCGGGGGGCUGCCGUACCACACCACCGACUCCAGUCUCAGGAAGUACUUUGAGGUGUUCGGCGAGAUCGAGGAGGCGGUGGUCAUCACCGACAGGCAGACCGGCAAAUCUCGGGGAUAUGGAUUUGUGACCAUGGCGGACCGCUCGGCUGCCGACCGGGCCUGCAAGGACCCCAACCCCAUCAUCGACGGCAGGAAGGCCAACGUCAACCUGGCCUACCUGGGGGCCAAGCCUCGAGUCAUGCAGCCAGGUUUCACCUUUGGCGUCCCCCAAAUUCACCCCGCGUUCAUCCAAAGGCCUUACGGCAUCCCGGCGCACUACGUGUACCCCCAGGCCUUCGUGCAGCCCAGCGUGGUGAUCCCGCACAUGCAGCCCGCCGCCGCCCCGGCGCCGGCCACCUCCCCGUACAUCGACUACACCGGCGCGGCCUACGCGCAGUACUCGGCCGUCAGCGCGGCGGCCGCCGCCGCCGCGUACGAGCAGUACCCCUACGCCGCCUCCCCCGCCGCCGCCGGCUACGUGACCACGGCGGGGUACGGCUACGCGGUCCAGCAGCCUCUGGCCGCCGCCGCCGCCGCCCCGGGCUCCGCCGCCGCCGCCGCGGCCGCCGCCGCCUUCGGCCAGUACCAGCCUCAGCAGCUGCAGGCCGACCGCAUGCAAUAGCAGGAGCGGGAAGUGGAUUCUGGAUGCUGUGCUUCAACCAAAAACAAACACACACACAAAAAAAAGAAAAGUCGCCGUACAGAUAUCAAUUUUUUUUUUUUUUAGUAGCUUGUUUCUAGAGAGGAAAUGCAGGAACUAAUCCCUGUCACUUAAGCCUUCAAAGUCCUAUUGCUGUCUUUUUUCUACCUUCGGGUUUAUUUUGUAUAUUUAUUAUUGUCACACACACUGAGGGUUGUUCUUUUUUUUUGUAUGAUCAGGGAAAAAAAAAAAUGGAGCUGUUAUCAGCACGACCUCCUCUUGGGACAUCAGGGGCGGUAUCCUUGGACCCCACCCAUCGCCCCCUUUUGACCUUUUAAAAAAAAAAAGCAGCAAAACGAGAAAAAAAGACUUGUAGACGGCGACAACAAAAAAAAAAAAAAAAAAAGGUGGGGCCACGUUGGAAGGGUGGGGCAGGAGCGCCGGCCCGAGCCUCCAAUUGGAUCACGUUGUAAUAGGAAUGUACCACUUGUUGCUCAUGAGUUGAGCUGUUGAGUUUCGAUUCCCCCGCCGGGCCCGUUUUUUCUUUUUUUUUAGGGGUGUCCGAGUUUACGACCUCUGCCGAUCCCUCCAGUAUCAGCAAAAACCGCCUGCCUCGGUGCGCAGACGGGGGGGCUUUUCUCUUUGGGACAGCUUCUGUGGGAGUGGGGGGCGUGGGUUGAGGUUCGGCCCAAGCUUCGGGAUCGAUCGCCCUGGAACAGGAACACGUAACUGGUCGCUUAUUAGUUGAGCUUUCGUGUUUUAAUCCCCCUGUUGGGCCCCAAAUUGGGGGUGUCUAAAUUUGCGAGGCCCUCCACCGGCGCCAUCUUGUUGUGCUGACAAGGCAACUUCUCUCUGGGACGGUUUUAUGUGAGAGAGACUGGUGGCCGAAACGUAGAACGGGGGCCCCAGAUUGGGGCAAGGGGGCCCGUGCCCCAAGAUCGAUCGAUCACCUUUAAACAGGAGUGUAUUAAUUGUGUUAAUAAGUGGAGCUGUCGUGUUUUAACCCCCUCCCCUGCCUUCCCACACCGUCGGGACCCAAUUGGGAGGGGGUCCGAGUUCUACAGACCACCCAAUGGUCCCCUAACCCCUCCUGAAUCGGCAAAAAUACACCUGUUGCUUGCCUCAGUGGGCAUGCAGCUGUUUUUCUCUGGAACAGGCUUACGCGGGAGGGGCAGGUGCCUCAAAUGCGGAAGAAGACCCCUAAAUGGGGCAGGGGGGGGGUGUUGUGCCUGGGGGGUGUGGUGGGGGGCUUCCAAAUCAACGACGCUGGAACAGGAACACGACUUGUAAUUUAUUAGUGGAGUUGUAAUACUGUAUUUUAAACCGUUGGUGGGCACCAACCCGAGAACCGUAUGCCCCAAUGUGUUGCCGUAUUUUUGCCCCCUCUGGGGGCUUUUGGACAGUCCCCCCCCUCCCCCCCCCCCCGCCCCUCUUGACCUACACAGAGUAAAAUCAAGUCAAAACUGCGAGUAAUGGAGUUUUCAGACGGUGACAAAAACACAUUGCCGAGCACACAGAUGCUAGGGUGGGGCCCAGGGUGGGUGGCUUCCCUCACACCGGGCCCUGAUUUUUUUUUUUUUUGGGGGGGGGGGGGUUGACCAAGUUCACAUCACCCCCCACCAGCCCUGGCAACCCAGCUAGUGUCAGCAUUAAAAAAAAUACCUGGAAACCGUCUGCCCGAGGGUGCCUUUCCGCUUCUAUUUACAUAUGUCGUUUUAAGCGUGACCUCGUGCCGGGACGUUUGGGGGGGCUAUCGAUGAACGUUCCCCCCUGCCCCCCCCCCAAUCUUGACCUCCCCAAAAGCUAAAAAUGAAGGAGAAAAAAAAAAGAAAAAUCACAAGGAAUGGAUGGAGGUAGCAGACGAUGAUGGAAACACAACUGCUGGUCAUCGGGGGUGGGGGGAGAGGGGGCGGGGGGACAAGAUUAGGGUGGGCCCCUCGCCCACACCCCCUCCUCCCUCCACAGACAGAUCGCUCUGGAACAGGAACGCAUCACUUGUUGCUCAUUUGUUGAGCUGUCACAUUGUAAUCCCCAGCCGGGCCCUUUUUUUUUUUUUUUUUUUUCAGGGUAGGGGGGUUGAGUUUACCCCCCCCCCCGCACCCCCCACCAGCC